CCUGGACUGGACGAGUUCGCCUGGGUCGUGUUUUGAGGAGCUGAAGAGAGGAAGUAAAGUGGAAAUUGUGUUGGAUAUCAGAGUGCAGAUGCUGUUAGAGGCUGUAACACAGAGAUGGAGGAUACCAACACCAAAAUGAGCCUACAAACGCAACAGACAGACAGUAACACUACAGGGAGCAGAUUCUACAGACUGGCUGCGGUGUGUCUUGGGCUGCUGUGUGUUCUCCUGCUGAUUGCCAUCACAGUGCUGGGGGUCAAGCUCACCGCAGAGAGAAACCAGUUUGAGAGAGACGUGUUCCAGAGGAGGUUUGUGGGAAUCGAAAAGGCAAAUCGGGAGGGAUGGAGCUUUUUCAACUCCAGUAUUUACCACAUUUCUACGACGGGUAAGAACUGGACUGAGAGCCGACAAUACUGUCGAGAGAAAGGAGCAGACCUGGUGAUCAUAAACAGCAGAGAAGAGCAGGACUUCAUUGAAAUGUUCUCAAGAAGUACAUGGGCUUGGAAUGGUCUGACUGACAGUGACUUAGAGGGGGUCUGGCAAUGGGUGGACGGCUCAGCACUGACCACUGGGUUCUGGAGGCAUGGAGAACCUGAUAGCAAUGCUGGAGAUGAGGACUGUGUCGUGACUGGUUAUGGUGCUGAUCCUAUAGACAACUGGGGCGAUUUUCCCUGUAAUCAGAAGUUCCUUGAGAUCUGUGAGAAGAAAUUAGUCAUUUUGUAACCAAAGACAAGACAAAGGCGUAGUAGAGACA